AGCCCGAGAGCAUGGGGGAGCGAUUUCAGCGAAGAGGUGCACAUCGUCGGGCAUGGCGCAGCGAGCGAGGCGACCCGAGGUUGAGAUGCAAGUAUGAAGGGACCAAGAGCAGGGGUAACAAGGCGACAUGCGACGAUACGUGGCGAUAUGCCGCGAUACGCGACGACGGAUGUGGCAGCAGUUGCGGGGAGAUCCCGAGGGGCGAAGCAGUUACGGCUGGCGAGAGGCAUGCGUUCAGGCAUCGUCGUUCCACCCCAACGCGCUGUCGCCCGCCCGGCCGUUGCCCGCUGCCGACGAAGCCGUUGCCCCCUCACACGGCGAAGGACGAUGGAGGAAUAUGGGAGGAGACGUGUCUCAUUGGGGCGACGCCGAGAGCUCUCUGGAGUUACGUUCAGCUUUGGGAAACGGGUGGUAACCAGCCGAUAUCUGCGAUGAAGGGUUUGUCAUGUGCUGGGAAACAGGUCCUGCUCUUCGGAGUCAAAUCUCCCUUCGUCUGGCCGUUUUUUUUCAACUGCGAUAUCUAUUCGCCGCCGUCUCCCGUGUCCCGCCUCGUCGUCGCGUCGUCAUCAUAGUGCCCUGCGGCUUAUAGAGGGCCCUCAGGACGUAGUCUCGGCUUCUGAGGCGCCUCAAAACUGGAGGGCCAUCAGGGCGUAGUUUCGGCCUCAGGAGGAUCCUCCGAGGGAGUCCCCCGGGCCUGACGAGGGAGGCGGGAGGGGUUGGGCAGCGACGGCGAGCAGGGCGCACGAGAGGCGAGGACACGCGGGAUUGCGCAACGGUGAGAGUAGAGGGAAGGGAGGUGGGAUCGGCAGUCGGGGGAGGCUUGAGAAGUCUCGAAGCUCACCUGCAACGCGAUUAGCAACUCAGGGGAGUGCGGCGUGUGGCAGCCAACCCUCUGAAGGCGCUGAGGAACAAGGGGAUAGGGGGCGAGGAGGAACCAAGGAGGGCCACUUCAUAGUGGCGGGAGGUAUUGCGCAGCUGCGGAAUCGAGCUAGUUAGCAAGCAGCCCUAUGAAGGCGCUGAGGGACGAGGGGAAAGGGAGCGUGGGAGCGCGGGGGGAUGGAGGACCCGAGGCACGAUGCGGCGCGGGUGAUUAGCGCGCUGGUGACACGGCCCACGCUGAGGCGGCAGGCGGAGGUGAUCCGGCGGUGCAUCUCCUCGCGUGUGCGAUUCACACACUUCCUCGUCGAUGUGGCCUCAGGCGCAGCGGACCUCACCGCCAUCUACCAGGUGGGCUGGGAUGGUCAUGGGCCAUGGCGCCCAUGAUCAUGAUUCGAUUGCCGGCUCGCGCGCCGCCAUCUACCCAGUGCUGCUGACCUCAUCUCUGUCUGCCAGGUGGGGUGGGACCCGAGUCCACCGCCCUCUACCAAGUGGGCGGGGGACUGAUCUUACCGCCAUCUACCAGGUACCAGGCGGGCUGGGGUGGGCAGUUAGAAGGAGGUGCAGUAGGUUUUAAUCACCCCACCUGCAUCGAACAGCUACCAGAUGGCCCACGUGGUGCUACAGUACCAGGGCGUGCGCAUCCACAGGGUGCUCUAAGAUCCGACUGAGGACGUUCUAGUGCUGUACGCCACCGUCUUCUCGCGCCCGCUCUUCAAGCUCGGCGCGCUCGCGCACUUCGACCUCUGCGUACUGCUGGAACUAGAGGACAUUCCUCUGGAGGACUAUCCCCUGCACGGCCUUGUGCCUCCUUCUACCUCCCUGCCCACCAAGGAAGGCCCCGCUGCUCAAAUUCCAGCCACGCCUGCUGCUCCUGCUACUCCUGCCGCUAUUGCUCCUUCUGAUGCUGUGAUACCGGAGGAUGACUGGAGGAGCCAGGCUUCUAAGGAGGGGAUCCAGGUAGGGGGAUGUCAUGGGGCAGUAGGAGCGACAGCAGUGGCAGCGUUGCCCGCAUGGAGGACUCUGAAGCGGGUGAAGUUUCAGCGAGACUUCUUCCAGCGCAACCCAGUCAUCUCCCACCUGCCGCUCAUUGGAGACCUCUACAACGCCCAUCUGCCCUGCCUGCUAGUUGGGGAGGCACAAGCGUAUCUUCUCAGGGGGCUGCGCUUCCUGCUCUCCCUGCUGCUGCCCAAGGGCUUGCUGGGCUUGUGGGGUGACGAGUGAAUGACCCAGGGAGAAGGCCAGGCCAAGGUGGGUGGCUGGGUGGUUGUUGCUAAGCAUGCUUGGGGCUGGUGUCGUGGCGCAUCCGCUUGGUCAUUGUCGAGAGAUCCGCUGGGGUUACCCUUGAGAAGAUCAUCGGGGAAGGGCCACAGGUGCAGAGCCUAGGGGGCUAUGGGCGUACAGACCUGCUAUUAACAAGCCCUUUUAACUCAAUUGUUAGUGGCUGAGUUCUGACAUGGUAUCAGAGCGUUGGUGACCCGGGUUCAAUUCUCAGUGCUAGCGCUGCAGAGGCGCUCGUGUCCUCCACCUAUCCCAGCGAGGGGGGGUGUCGAGAGAACCGCUGGGAUUACCUUUGAGAAGAUCCUCGGGGAAGGGCCACAGCCACAGGUGCAGAGCUUGUGGGGCUAUGGGCGCAUUAAACCGUUAUUAACAAGCCCUUUUGACUCAGUGGUUAGUGGCUGAGUUUUGACAGUCAUGACUUGGCAUGUAGAACAUUUACUAUCAUGCAAUCUUGACUGGUUUUUGUUGCUUUCACUGGUAC